CCCCCCCGACUCCUGCAAUGGCGGCUCCGCGCUGCUCGUGGCUCGUCUUCGGUUUCAGCACGGAGGAGGCUGCGGGGGAGCCGAGCCCGGGCCUUGGCCCGCGGCGGCUGGAGCCGGGCCCGGGGGGGAUCCGCCGCGUGUGGCCCGCCUGGAGCUACGUGGUCGUGGAGACCGGCGCGGGGCUGGAGGUGCGGAGCGCGGGGCGGCGGCGGCGGCUGCGGGGCUGGUGCGAGGCGCUGCCCUCCGAGACCCACCUGGUGCUGCGGGGCGCGACGGCGGCGCGGGCCUGGCGGAGGGGUGCGGGGCUCCGGGCGCCCUCCUGGAGCCGGGCCCUGCCGCGGGGCCCCCCCUGGCACCCGCUGCCGCUGCUGCCCGGGGGCUUCGCGACGCCGCGGCCGCCGUUCUACAGCGCCUUGCCCGCGGGGCUGCGCGCCCGGCGGCUGGCGCUCGGCAGCGAGCACGUCCUGGUGCUGGGUGCCAGCGGGGAGCUCCACGCGUGGGGCGGCGGCAGGCACGGGCAGCUCGGGCACGGGACGCUGGAGUCGGAGGCGCAGCCGCGGCUGGUGGAGGCGCUGGCCGGGGUGCCCAUGGGGGCCGUGGCAGCGGGCGGGUGGCAUUCGGCCAGCGUCAGCGAGGCAGGAGACCUCUACAUGUGGGGCUGGAACGAGUCGGGGCAGUUGGCUCUGCCCUGCAAGGCGUUGGCUGAGGAGCGGGCACAGGGCGAGGACGCGGGAGCAGGGGCUGCGGCGCUGAGCCCGUGCCAGGAGCAGCCGGCGGCCGAGCCCGCCACGUUCAUCUCCAUCCAGGCACUGCCGGCGCUGCUGGACCUGCCGCAGGAGGCCGAGGUCAGCGAGGUCAGCUGCGGGUCCCGGCACACAGCCGCUGUCACACGAGGCGGCGAGCUCUACACCUGGGGCUGGGGUAAAUACGGGCAGCUGGGACACGGGGACGAGGCCAGCUCCGACCGGCCCCGGCGCGUCGAGCACCUGGUGACCGAGGGGCUGCGGGCGGAGGCAGUGGUGUGCGGGCCCUGGACCACCUAUGUCUGCGUGCGGGAGCCCCCGGCCCCCUCCAGCACCCCGGCUGCCUGCGGUGAGGACCCCACUGCUGCUGGAACCAGCCCUGGCCCCACUCUGCCAUCAGCCUCCCAGGACCGGACCUGCACGGACUCAGUCCCCCAGGAGCUGAACUCGGAGCCUGAAGCGGGGCUGCAGGUGCACAGGGGCUGAAGCCAAGCCCAGGCUGGGCUGGAGGUAUUUAUUACAUCUGCUUUUAUAGAA